UUCCGCCGCAGCCGCCGGGGCCGGGGAAGGAGCGGUGCGGGAUGUCGGCGGUGCUGGGUCUGGAGCGGCCGCAGGUGGUGUCGCACGUCCAGCAGGCGCUGAGCUACACCGUGUUCGAUUGCAAGUGGGUGCCCCGCAGCGCCCGCCUGAUGUGCCUGGGCAGCGCCGCCCGCGGCACCGGCAUCAUCCAGCUGUACGAGCUGCACGGAGCCCGUCUGGAGGUGCUGCGGGAGAUCGAAAAGCCCAAGCCUAUAAAAUGUGGAACUUUUGGUGCUACAUCUCUGCAGCAAAGAUACUUAGCGACAGGAGAUUUCGAUGGAAACCUUAACAUAUGGAAUUUAGAAGCUCCUGAAAUACCAGUGUAUUCUGUGAAAGGUCAUAAGGAAAUCAUAAACAGUAUAGAUGGUGUAGGUGGCUUAGGAAUUGGGGAAGGUGCACCAGAAAUUGUGACUGGCAGUCGAGAUGGAACUGUGAAGGUGUGGGACCCAAGGCAGAAGGACACUCCUGUGGCUAAUAUGGAACCUGUACAGGGGGAGAGCAAAAGAGACUGCUGGACUGUGGCAUUUGGUAAUGCUUACAAUCAAGAGGAACGUGUUGUAUGUGCCGGAUAUGACAAUGGGGACAUUAAAUUGUUUGACUUAAAAACCAUGUCACUACGAUGGGAGACCAACAUUAAGAAUGGGGUUUGCAGUGUGGAGUUUGACAGAAAAGAUAUAAAUAUGAAUAAGCUGGUGGCCACAUCGCUUGAGGGAAAAUUCCAUGUUUUUGAUAUGAGAACUCAGCAUCCAACCAAAGGUUUUGCUUCUGUUUCAGAGAAGGCACAAAAAUCUACAAUUUGGCAGGUUCGGCACCUGCCACAGAACAGAGAUAUAUUUAUGACAAGUGGAGGAUCUGGGAGCCUUCAUCUCUGGAAAUAUGAGUACCCAGCCCAGCGCUCGAAGAAAGAUUCAGAAGGAUCUGAGAUGGGGGUGGCAGGGUCUCUUAGUCUCUUGCAGAAUGUGACUCUGUCAACACAGCCCAUCUCUAGCCUGGACUGGAGCCCUGACAAAAAGGGACUUUGUGUCUGUGGGGCUUUUGACCAAACUGUGAGGGUGCUGAUAGUUACAAAGCUUAACAAAAUUUGACAAGAAAACUAGAAUUUCUGAUGAGAAAGCAAUAUAGUUUGCAGUCUGUAAAUAUGGGUGGGGGAGCCGUUCUAUUUCUAAUUUAAUUUCUUCUUUAAUAAAACUGGAUUAAAGAAAUAGAAGCCAGAUUUUUCUAUUGAAAGAUCAGAUACGUGCAAUCAGAGUUGUUUGGCUGAUUGUGCUGUCAUGACUUGAAGUUGCCUGGGCACAAAAUUUAACCUUCUAGAAAUGUGAAUUUACAAUGAAAAUAAAAUGUGCCUUUGUGUUAA